GCUACCAGUUUGACACUACAAAUCUAAUCUGUCCAUAUGUCCUUGGCACAAGUAGCCAAUACUUGGGAUAUGAGGUAGUUCAGGGAGCCAAUCAGAAGUAGGCUUUAGGAGGAGGAGAUGAGAGCCCAACACCUGGACUUUGGGGUAAGUCCAAGCCUGGCCAAGGAAGGUCUAAGACGACUAUUUGAGUGGACUGUAGGAGUGGACUGCGUCUACACAGCUGGCCUGGUCUCAGGUCUAUUACGUUAGCCCAAGGACAAAGAUACCCAUAAAUAAGGCCAGGCCCAGAUCUCAGUCACAACUGCCACAAUGCUACUGCUUAGCCUGACCCUUAGCCUGGUCUUCCUCAGCUCUUCCUGGGGCUGCGGUGUUCCUGCCAUCGCACCAUCGCUGAACUUCAACCAGAGGAUUGUCAAUGGGGAGAACGCUGUGCGAGGCUCCUGGCCCUGGCAGGUCUCCCUGCAGGAAAGAAAUGGCUUCCAUUUCUGUGGAGGGUCUCUCAUCAACCAAUACUGGGUAGUUACUGCUGCCCACUGCAAUGUCAGUCCUGGCCGCCACUUUGUUGUCUUGGGUGAGUAUGACAGAUCAUCCAAUGCUGAGCCUAUACAGGUGCUGUCCAUCUCAAAGGCCAUUACACACCCUAACUGGAACCCCACUACUCUGAACAAUGACUUGACACUCCUGAAGCUUGCCUCACCAGCCCAAUAUACAACACGUGUCUCACCGGUCUGCCUUGCAGCCUCAAAUGAGGCUCUGCCUGAAGGCCUCACAUGUGUCACAACUGGCUGGGGCCGCAUCAGUGGCACAGGCAAUGUGACACCAGUACGUCUGCAACAGGUGGUUCUGCCCCUGGUCACUGUGAACCGGUGCCGGCAGUAUUGGGGCUCAAAAAUCACCGAUUCUAUGAUCUGCGCAGGUGCCGCAGGUGCCUCCUCAUGCCAGGGUGACUCGGGAGGCCCUCUUGUCUGCCAGAAGGGGAACAAGUGGGUGCUGAUUGGUGUUGUCUCCUGGGGCACUGAAAACUGCAAUGUCCAAGCACCUGCCGUGUACACUCGGGUUAGCAAGUUCAACACCUGGAUCAACCAGGUCAUAGCCUACAACUGAGGCCCUUCCCCAUCUCAACCAAAUAAAGAUCCCAAGUGCUAUCUA